AAAUAGCCCGUUGAAGUAUGGACUCUAAUUAUUCCCGCUUGAUUAAUGGGAGUGAGGCAUUCAGAGUUGUUGACUGACUUGUCCGCAAUCACACAGCUAAUGAGAGGUAGAGCUCGGAUUUGAACCCACAUUUGUCAUGUUCGUGUCAUGGGAAGAACUUGCAAAGCCUGACUUCUUACCUUCUGUAACCGGUUGGUGUGGAACUCUCCUGCUCACACAGCCCUUUGUGCUUUUCAUCCUCACCAGAGUCUCACAAUGGGCAGCACAGGUGGAAUAAUAAUAGAGUCUACUUCUCAGAGCUAUGAUUCAACGAGAUCAUGCAUGUAAAAGUGCUGCCUGGCAUGAAGAACACAAGACGCAGAGGUUGAAUAAUUUGCAGUCACACCAAUGGCACAAUUGGGAUUGUAAUCAGGCCCUUCUAAUUUUAAACUAUGGAUUUACUGAAACUGUCCUCCAUUCUCUCCAGAGAUGUUUGCCCGGGAUUUGUCUUCUUCUAGCUCUUUUGGCCCCGGCGACUCGCCAUCGUCCGUGCGGAGGCGUUCACUAGCUGCGGUGAUGGCGACUGGGACGCCAGAUUCGCAGGCGCGAUUCGGUCAGUCCGUGAAGGGGCUUCUCACAGAGAAGGUGAACACCUGCGGUACUGACGUGAUCGCCCUCACUAAGCAGGUGCUGAAAGGCUCCCGGAGCUCCGAGCUGCUAGGUCAGGCAGCUCGAAACAUGGUACUACAGGAAGAUGCCAUUUUGCACUCAGAAGAUAGUUUGAGGAAAAUGGCAAUAAUAACCACACAUCUUCAGUACCAGCAAGAAGCUAUUCAGAAGAAUGUUGAGCAGUCAUCAGACCUACAGGACCAAUUGAAUCAUCUGUUGAAAUAGAAUGGCUCAUAAGAAGGCUUUGCCUGAUGCUGAAGAGGAAAUAUCUACCACAACCACUGUGCUGUGGGUUGUUUUCUAUUUUUUUCUCUAGAAUUUAAUUUAGAAAACGUUUGUGGUGAUGCACAGUUUCUCCUGAAAAGAAGCUAGGUGAUUAAAUUUGGAAGCACUUCUUGAAUCAGACUAACCCAUGCUCUUCUUGAAUUUUUAAGUUGUUCUAUUGGUUUGAUAUGAAAGCAAAAUUAAAAGUUGUCUUAGUUUUUUUCCAUAGAACUUCAGUGUCAAAAGCCAUAUUGUCUAAGUGUGAUUCUUAAACAAAUAUCGAGUAGUGUUUUAAAUUCAGAAAUAGAGCUUCUAUUGUGAACAUAGAAGAAUGGUUAAUAUUCCUUUUAAAGAAUUUUUUCUUUUAAUCAUAAAUUCAGGAAAUAUUUUAAUUUCCUGGUCACAGAAUGGUGAUAGGUAACACCUGUUUACUUUUCUAGUAACUCAGGGGAUAUUUAUUUUAUUUAUUAUAGCAAACAUCUAAAUGAAAUUAGGCAAAUUUCAUCAUAUCUGCCCAGCUGCAAACUCCUGCCUUGACCUGCAUUCCUAGGGUUUCUUUGUUGUUGUGAUUCUUGAUUAUGUGGCCUUGUGUUCAUUUUGUAAUACCGCUAGUAAUCAGCAAAUUCACUUGUAUGACAUUUAUCAAAUGUGAAGGCAGUUGAAUUACUGUGAGUGAUUGUAGUGUAAGAUUGUACC